AAAGAAAGGAAGCGCGGUUUCUAGUUUCUGCUAAAGAAGUAAUAAGAAAAUUAACUGAUUGUAAACCUUUUCUUCACGGCUACUGCUGUUCCUGCUAUUCAAUAGCUUCAUACUGCAAAAACACACCACUGACAAACCAGGCUGAAGGAUGAGUGUGGUGGAAAAGAAGAGUGAGAAAGUUUAUGGAAAUUUCCGUCGAUUUUCUACAAUGGUAAAAACUAUCUGUGGACUUAAUUUGGCACUACAAAGGAAAUCUGGAAUAAACAGGGUGAAACGAUGGACUGAAACUUACUUCAAAAUGAGAUCAGACGAAACUAAAGAUCUUUUAUUCAACAUUGCUGUCUUUAAAAGGAACAAGAAUGCUGAGAGUGAAAUAUUGAAAACUCUGCUUUCAGUUUUCCCUCCUGAAAGAGAACAUUGUAACAUACUGAAGAUACAUACACUUCUAAAGAAACACAGAGCUUUCCAAAGGUUUCCAGAAAGCAUCCAACUGCAACUCUGUCAAGCAGCAAUCUAUCAAAGAUAUGAAGCCAAACGGAGAGUCUUAAAGCAAAGUCACCCACCUAGUGCUUGUUACUUAGUACUUUCAGGACGUCUCAUGGUGCACAUGAAAGUUUUCUCACAGAUGAGAGGUCCAGCGCUUGAAACACUGAAUGAAAUUGAAGAGGGGGAUCUCUUUGGGGAUAUGUGCCUUUUGCAAGGAAGACAUCGUCCUGCAACCGUUACAUGCUCAACUGAUGUAGAAGUUUUGAUUAUAAACAAAGAGGAUUUCGACUGCAUUUUAGCUGAUUUCCUUCAAGUGCGCUACAACGCCAUAUAUGACUUUUUCAGGAAACUUCCAGUUUUUUCAUCUUGGUCCUCUGAAAAAUUGGAUGUCCUUGUUGAAGGAUCCUUACUGCGUUACUACAGGCAUGGAACAAUCGUUAUCUCCAAUACAUCUGAUUGCAAUUUUAUGGUGGUAGUUAAAUAUGGCCGUUGUCAGCUAGUGACACAUUUACCGAUGCCAGAAAGGACAGUUGACAACCCUUGUGAUGCCUACAAGAAGAGAGACGAACUGCUCCUGCAGGAAUUUCCCACACUGCCUUUCCUACGAAACAAGAUGACUCAAAGACCAUCCACAUGUUCCUGUGCUUUUCCUUUUCAUCAUCAGACAAAAGCACAAUUUAAAGUUCAAAGCAAUGCAAGACCCAAGACAGCUGUUCCAAUUUCAAGAAAAAGAGAUGAUGAUAUGUACUUGAUCAAUGAGGUACAAAAAGCUAACAGUAUGCAUUUGUACACACUGAAAGUACAGUCCAAAAAGAAUCCAGCAGUGACUGCCUCUGCAUUAUCUUCAACUUUGUCCUUAAGGGUGGGAAUUUUAGAAGAAGGCAACUUUUGGCUGCCACCAGAAGUUGUUGGUGUCGAAAGUAACCAUAAUAUGAGCCUGAUCAGUGAAGGUACAGAGUGCAUUUUCAUUCCCCACAAGCUCUUUCUAAAGGAGGCUCCUCGCACAUCUGUGCAGUCUGCCAUGGAGGUUGUGAGCUCCUAUCCUACAGAGGAAACGAUUAGACAGAAUUACAACAGACUGCAGGCCUGGAGUGCCUACAAGUCCAAGCUAAGCAUGAAAAAGACAUAGAAUGGUAAAAAUAUGACUGUCAGUGGACAUAAAGGUUAAAAGAAGGCAACCGGCUCUGUGUGUGUUUGUCAUACACCAACAUAUUAAUGGUUAGCUUUUUGAGUCGAAUUAGAUAAAAAUAAACACUUUGGCUGUAAUUGUA